UCAGUCUUUAAUUGUUGCAAGACUCUCUCUGGCUUCAUUAUUAUCUUUGCUGCACGUUUUCAGCACCAGUGUCAUCUUGAAACCAGCAAUGUCAACCCUCAUCAAAGCGUUUCUGCUCCUGGCUGUCAUGGUCUGCAUCUCCCAGGCCCAACUCAAACAAUCAGGACAGCAGUGUCUGUGUCACCGUGUCAGGAAUCUUAACGGCAUGAAGACUGACAUAAAGGACAUACAGAUCUACCCAGCAACCAUCUUCUGCAACAAAGUGGAGAUUGUUGUUACCUUGAACAGUGGCCUCCGCUAUUGCUUGAACCCCGAGCAAAGAAACGUGAAAAGGCUCCUGACUAAAAUCAUGGAUAAAAAGCAGAAGACCACUUCCUCCCCAGUGGAACCCUCCACAGCUGCCAUGUAAUUGUCUUUUAAGCUCUCUGAAAGAAAAAGCACCUCAUAUGACCUCUGAACUCUCAACAAAGUCACCUUGACAAAAAAAAAAAACAUGGACAUGAAAUGAUUGUAGUUUUUUUUAUUUAAUUUUUUUAUAUGUGCUUAUAUUUUAUGUCCACUCCGUUGUAUCCUGUUUUUAUUCUUCUGUGUUUUUGUAAAUAGAUGAAUGUCUCUUUGUACUUCUUGAUAUUUUUUUAAUAAAAUUAUUAGCUCUUAAA